UUCCACCUAGGAAAAGGACAACCCAUAUUAUCAUAUUAGCCCCAAUGACCAAUUGAUCUGUGUCAAGUCAACUGUGAAGAGCUUUGCUUUCUGGACGCUUGGUGGAUAUGCAUCCAUAACACAGAAGUCCUCAGAAAAAACAAAAAGAAAAAGAUGGAAUCAUGUAAAGAUAUUGUUAUCGUUGGAGGUGGGAUAGCGGGGUUGUCUCUGGCAUUAGCUCUUCACAGGUUGGGUUUGAAGAGUUUGGUGGUGGAAUCAUCUGAUGAAUUGAGGGUAAGUGGGGCUGCAUUUGUUACAUGGACUAAUGCUUGGAAGGCACUUGAUGCUCUUGGUGUUGGAGACUUGCUCCGUCCUCAGCACUGCCGCCUCUCCGGUAAAAUGGUUCAGGAUCAUUGUGACCUCAGCAACAUCAGGACUUCCAACUGCAGAACUCUCAUAUGGAAAUCAUGAAGUAAGAUGUGUAAAAAGAAGAGUCUUAUUAGAAACUCUUGCAAAUGAAUUACCCACCAAUACAAUUAGGUUCUCUUCCAAGGUUGUUAGCCUCGAAAAAUCAGGGUAUUUGAAGCUGCUUCAUCUUGCUGAUGGUUCAACCUUGAAGACCAAGGUAUUGAUUGGGUGUGAAGGAAUAAAGUCUACAGUGGCAGGAUGGCUAGGGUUCAAUAAGCCAUCAUUCGCCAAGAGGUUCGCAAUAAGGGGUUAUGUUCAUCUGAAGGAAAAUCAUGGCUUGAAACCGGUAUUUUUGCAGUUCACAGGGCAUGGUUAUCGUUAUGGGAUCAUCCCCUGUGAUUCUACUGCCAUUUACUGGUUUUUCACUUUCUUUUCAUCUGACCAAGAUGACGAACUCAAAGACAAUCCCAUGAAGAUGAAGGAAUAUGUGUUAAAUAAUCUGGGACAAGUAGAAGACCAUAUAAAAGCUAUUAUAGAGAAGACUGAAAUGGAGGAUAUUAUAUGCUCACCAAUAACAUUCAGGCCCCCAUGGGAGAUACUAUGGGGUGAUAUAAGCAAGGAAAAUGUAUGUGUUGCUGGUGAUGCAUUCCAUCCGAUGACUCCAGACAUCGGUCAAGGUGCGUGUGCUACUUUAGAAGACACGAUUGUUCUUGCACGAUGCCUUGCAGAGGCAUUUCCAAUGAGUAGAUCAGAAGAGCAGGAGAAGUCGGAAAGGGAAGAGUACAGGAGGAUUGAGACAAGCUUAAAGAAAUAUGCUAAGGAUAGAAAAUGGAGAUGCAUUGAUCUUGUUACUACAGCUUACUUUGUAGGUUCUAUGCAGCAAAGUGAUGGGAAAUUGGUGAAAUUUCUGAGGGAUAAAGUAUUGGCUCCAUUCUUAGCUAGCUUGCUGUUGAAGAAGGCAGAUUUUGACUGUGGACGGCUCAGAAUUCAUGAUUCAGAUUUACCAUAUCCUCCAUGAUCAUAUUUCAUACUCCUUUAGUUUGUUGAUAAUAACAUGGGAGGUUUUUUAAUACUUCCUCCGUUUUUUUUAGAUGUUACACUUUCUAUUUUAGGAAGUUUUAAAUUAGAUGUUACACUUUUAUUUUGGGUAAUAACUUCUCUCUAUCUCUCUCCUAUCACAUGUUCACAUGGGACCCUUUUGUUUUUCAUUCUCUCUAUCUCUCUCCUCUCCAAAAAUUACCUAGGAGUCCGUGAUUUGAAAAGUGUAACAUCUAAUAAAAAACGGAGGAAGUAUUUAUCUUCCAGAUUAUUUAACUAAGAUAUUUAUCUUCCAGGUUUUUUUGAUAUUAAGUACUCCCUCCGUCCCAAAAUAUAGUUCCUAUUUCCCUUUUUUCACGGUAAUUUAUGCAAGUUGGGAUAGUAAAGAUGUUUUGUUUAUCUCUA